UUUGAGAUGAUCCCUAAGGGUGUCGUCUCUCAGAUUUCGGAGCACAUCCGAAGCCUCUCCAUAGCAAUAGCGACGAUUUUGGCUCUCUGCUAUUGUCUUCAUCCUGGUCGCUUCGCCUCGCACUAUAGCCACAUAAAGACCGAAGACAUCUUCGAAGAGUUGGACAAGACAUGGCCACCUGGAAAUGAUUCCUGCCCGUUUAAUAUAAGGGGUAGAAAAUCGUUGUCAUAUUUGCUCUACCCGAUAGACAAUGCCCAGGAAAAUCCAGCAGCCUUGGCUAAGCAACUUGGAAUUUCACCGGGUGGACAAUGGCGCCCUUUGAAUUGUCGCCCACUUUUCAAUGUUGCUAUUAUACUACCUUAUCGUAAUCGACAUGCCCAAUUAACUACAUUCAUAUCUUUUAUUCACCCGUUUCUCCAGGCACAGAACCUCGACUAUAGAAUAUUCAUCGUUGAACAAACCGAGGGCAGAGAAUUCAAUCGGGCAAAAUUAUUCAAUGUCGGUUUUUCCGAAGCUAUUAAAUCCAGCGACUUUCACUGUUUUAUAUUCCAAGAUAUAGAUUUAAUACCGCAGAAUCUCAACAACAUAUACGCUUGUACAAAAAUGCCUAGACACAUGAGCUCCAGUGUAAAUACAUUCAGAUAUAAUUUACCAUACAAUGGAUUAUUUGGUGGUGCCAUUGCUCUCACGCGUGAACAUUUUCAACGUGCUAAUGGAUUUUCGAAUGUAUUUUACGGCUGGGGUGGAGAGGACGAUGAUUUCUAUAGUAGGCUACAAACCAGGGGAUUAAAGGUUUGUCGAUUUGGGCCUGAUGUUGCUCAGUAUUAUAUGUUGAUUCACGCCAAAGAACCGCCGAGUAGUGCACGAUUUGUUAAUCUCGAAACCGGUGCUCGAAGAUAUGAUACCGAUGGUAUUAGUAAUCUUGAGUACAGAGUAUUGGACCACCAAUUGCGUCCACUUUAUACAUGGAUAUUAGCAGAAAUAUAACGUAUGUAUUUUUCACCUCCAUUAUUUAAAGUAUUGUUCUUGAGAGAAAAAAAGUAAACGAACCAACACAAAAGCAAAGAAAAUUUCGCAUCUGGUGUAGUAUUAAUGUAUAUUUAUUAAUUAUCAAUUAAUAAAUACAAGCACAUAAACAUUGCAUAGUAUGUAUGUAUAAGUUGAUAAAAAGAAGAAAGCAAAAGUAAUAUGAAUAGUAGUAAUCGUAAUAAUUUACAAGCAUAGUGUAUAGUCUAUAGAUCACAUAACUAUAUAAAUACGUAUAGUAUACAUAUAUAUAAUAUUUAAUACUCCGACGACGUGUCUUUUAUUUUUAUUUAUUUCGUUUUCAAAAUUUCUUUCGCUUACAUAUAACAUACAUACUGAUAAUAAUCUCACAAAAUGGGUGUUAAAAAAAUAACAUUACUAGUAGACUCGUGUUAUGAAUUUUAAGUAGCGAUAAGUAAAAUAUCGACGUGAGUUGUAUGUGUAUAUAUAUAUAUAUAUAUUUGUAUAAAUAUAUACAUAGGUAUGUGUUUGACACUAGGCAUCUCUAUUAAAUAAUGAUAAUAAUGAUAACAAAUAAUAAUUAAAGAAACACAAUGGUUUCGUGAUUGAUACAAUUUUUGAAUAUGAAAUUCAUUGUUAUUUAUUAUUUUACAUCUUUGAUUAAUAACCAGAGGGGUCAUAUGUGAUAAAUUGUACAUACCAUGAUUGAAAAGUCAGAAAUUUGAUUUCUUAUUAAUGAUGACUACCUGUUUCAUUGGAAGCAAUUUUUUAGCUCAGAGGUGAUGUAUUUUUACUUGGAAGAAAAUUAUUAUAAAAAUAAAAGAAAAGAGUAAUCUCACAAACAGGAAAAAAAAAAAAAAACUAAAAGGAAUAGAGUCGUAAAAAUUGGUAUUCGUCAUUCCUCUACUUUGUCAAUCAAUAAUUAUUUUUACAAUUCACACACCUAUCUCAUAAGAAUUAAUGUAAAAUAUUAAUCGUUCAUGUUCACACAUACCAACUACGCAAUGAUCGACAACCAUUCAGGCAAGCAUACUUCGUAAAAUGAAGGGGGGAAAAUGAAAAAAAAAAAAAAACAAUAAUAAGCUUUCGAUAUUUAAAGUUUGAAAUAAAUGGAGUUUGAGAAAAGGGAAAAAAUGUCUAUAAAAUGUUGUUUUUUUUUUUUU